AUGAAGAGUAUUCAGGAAUAUACAAUCCUGUGGAACGCUACUGAAAGUGGAACCUUCAUCAUUCAGUCGUGCACUCCCUACUCUGAUGAUGAUGAUGAUACUUUUAGCUUCCAGACACACCCUCAGGCAUAUAUAGGAUUGAUGAAGGUAUGUUUGUGCCAUAAAAUCGUAGUUCAAACUGUAAUGCUUACGCUGAAUUUUAAAUAUGAGAGACAAGAACUUGGAACGCAUUUAUCGAGGCGUUUGAAGUUCGAUGAACCUUAA